UUUUAGUAUUUAAGGUUACCUGCGUUGGUUGGUGCUGAUGUGUGAUGUGAUGUGAAAUCCCGACAUCUGGAGUCAUCCAGAUACGAGUAUACGAAUAAAGGGGGGGUCAACUCGGGAUUGUGCAUCAACGCCCGCAGAUUUCCGCCCAAGUCCCACAAGGAAUACCUACAUAAAUACCUAACUGUCCUAGCCACAACGUUCAAGGAUCACCUUUGAACUUGUUCUUGUUCGGAGUUCAAGUUUCCAGUUUUCACAUUAGGGACCAAAAUACCUAUAGCACCUACACUAGGUGAGUAUAGCACUUAUACUAGCCAAAGCAUUCUAACCUUACAAAACAAUUAAACGACCUUGGAACACUUGUCUAUAAGUAUUUACCUACUAGUAGACAAGCCGUCAAGCUGAGAUAUCUAUUAGAUAUCACCUACCAAAUUAAUCAUGUCGGAGCCAGUACCCCUCUGGCUCGAUUGUGAUCCAGGCCACGAUGACACCUUCGCCAUCCUCCUAGCAGCCUACCACCCGCACAUCCAACUCCUAGGCAUCAGCACCGUGCACGGCAACGCCUCUCUCGAGAAGACCACGCGCAACGCGCUCUCCGUGCUCUCCGCCAUCGGCAAGCUCGACGACGUCCCCGUGCACCAGGGCGCCGCGCAAGCGCUGCACCGCGCCCCCAUCCACGCCCCCACCGACAUCCACGGCGAGUCCGGGCUCGACGGCACCGCGCUGCUGCCGCCGCCGCCCGCCGACCGGCUCGCGGCCGUCAUCGCCAAUGCUUCCGCUUCUGCUUCUUCCGGUAGCACCACCACCACCACCACCGCCGCCAUGGCCGCCGCCCUCCGCGCCACCAAGCCCGGCACAGCCUGGAUCGCCGCGACGGGCUCCAUGACCAACGUCGCGGCGCUGUUCCAGGCACACCCGGACCUCGCGGCGCACAUUGGCGGGCUGAGCAUCAUGGGCGGCAGCGUCGGCGACGGGUUCACGGCCGCGGUGAUGGGGCAGGUCGACGGGAAGGCGCGCGUGGGCAACUACACGCCGUGGGCCGAGUUCAACAUCCUGAUCGACCCCGAGGCGGCAGCGGAGCUGUUCGGCAACGAGACGCUCGCGAGGAAGACCACGCUGGUGCCGCUGGACCUGACGCAUCUCGUGCUUGCGACGAGGGAGGUGCAGGAUUUGCUGCUGUAUGGGCCGGAGGGGGUGGAGGGGAAGGAAGGGGGGGUGGGGGUUGGGGAGGGCGGGGGGAGCGCGACUGCGGCUGCGGCUGUGGGUGCGGGUGCGGGUGCGGGUGCGACGGGUGAGAAAAAGGCGAAGUCGGAGUUGAGGGUCAUGCUUAUUGAGCUGUUGAAUUUCUUCGCCGCCACUUAUCGCGACACCUUCGGCAUCGUCGAAGGCCCGCCCCUCCACGACCCCCUCGCCGUCGCCGCCGUCCUCGCCGGCACCGGCGCCCACGAGAUCCCCUUCUACGACUACAACCCCGCCCAGGACCCCCCCUCCCGCCGGGAGCGCUUCGCCGUCGAGGUCAUCACGGAAGGUACUCUCGACGACGCCGUGCAGCGCGGCGCGCAGACCGGGCGGACCGUCGUCAAGCUGCUGCCCCCGGGGAGCGAGGGCGUGCGGAUACCGAGGGGAUUGGAUAUCCCAAGGUUCUGGAGGGAGAUCGAGGCGUGCUGCCAGAGGGCCGACGAGGUGAAUCGUAAGAAGAGGCUCGCGGCGAUGGCGUAGGGCGUCGUCGUUGAUUGGCUGAGGGAGCAGGGUAGGUUAUAGAAGACGCCUAACGCAGGUAGCUAGAGAGGAGGAGAGAAGAGAAGGAGAAGGGCAAAUUCUUUAGGUAUCUAGACUAGACGCAUGGACAUGGGAUGCAUAGACUUGGUAUCUAUUUUUAAGUAGGUAGGUACUUUGACAGG